AUGGCGGCCGUACAAGGUGGCCAGGCGGAUGCGGAGGAAAUUAAAAUAAAAGACAUCAAAACAGAAUCACCAGGCGACGGUUCAGGAAACAACAAUGCGAAUGACGGAAGCAAACUCUCUGUAUCUCCCGGGAUAACUAACUCGGGGGGGAGCAAUAAGCCAUCGGCAGGAGCGACGGAGGAACAGCAGACGCUGCUUGCAGUCUUGCAAUUCCUCAGGAAGAACAAUUUGACUGAGUCCGUCGAAAUUUUGCGCCGGGAAGCGGGGCUGUCGGAGGAAACAGAAGAGCGCAAGGGAUUGGAGUCUUCCGGGUCGGGGUCGGUCGCUGGUGCGGGUAAUGUUGACGCUGAGGCAGGUGAUUCAAACUCUCUUCUCAACCGUGUGUCCGUCUCAUCCUCGGCUAUCCCGGCCAGCGCAGCCCCGACGCAGUCCAAAGCUGUAGCCGGAGAGGAUCAACCAGACGUCAAUGUGGUGCUGUCGGCAUACAGUCAGCAAGGCGAUCCCACCCUGUACCAAGUUUACUACAGCAGCCUGAAGAGGUUUAUAGAAUCGGUGCUUGAUUGUCACAGAGCAGAGCUUUCCCAGCUCUUCUACCCGCUCUUCGUCCACAUGUACCUGGAGCUGGUCUACAAUAACCAUGAAAAUGAGGCCAAAGCAUUCUUUGAAAAAUUCAGUGGGGACCAGGAGUGUUACUAUGAGGAUGACUUGCGUGUCUUGUCAGGCAUGACCAAGAAAGAGCACAUGAGGGGCAAUGAAACCCUGUUGGACUUCCGUACUAGCAAGUUUGUUCUGCGCAUCUCUCGUGAUUCGUACCAGCUCCUGAAGAGGCAUCUGCAGGAACGUCAGAAUAACCAGAUCUGGAAUAUUAUCCAGGAGCAUCUCUACAUUGAUAUAUUUGAUGGCAUGCCACGUAGCAAGAGCCAGAUCGAUGCCAUGUCUGGCAGCCUGGCUGGGGAGGCAAAGCGAGAGGCCAAUAAGGCUAAGGUAUUCUACGGGUUGCUGAAGGAACCAGAGAUUGAAGUCCCUCUUGACGAUGAGGACGAGGAGGCGGAGAAUGAGGAGGGUAAACCCAAGAAAAAGAAACCCAAGAAAGACAGCAUGGGCUCUAAGAGCAAGAAACAGGACCCGAAUGCACCAAUACAGAACAGGAUCCCUCUUCCAGAGUUGAAGGAUUCAGACAAGCUGGACAAGAUCAUGUACAUGAAGGAGGCCACUAAGAGGAUCCGCCUGGGGUCUGAUACUCUUCCCUCAAUCUGCUUUUACUCUUUCCUCAACGCAUACCAGGGCCUUACAGCGGUGGACUUCACAGACGACUCCAGUCUGAUUGCAGGGGGCUUCGCUGACUCCACUGUACGGGUGUGGAGUGUGACCCCGAAAAAGCUCCGCAAGGUUAAGUCUGCUUCAGAGCUGAGUCUGAUUGACAAAGAAUCUGAUGAUGUGCUGGAAAGGAUCAUGGAUGAGAAGACGGCUAGUGAGUCUAAGAUUCUCUAUGGACACAGUGGCCCCGUGUAUGGCAUCAGCUUCAGCCCAGACAGAAACUACCUGUUGUCAAGUUCUGAGGAUGGUACUGUGAGGCUGUGGAGUCUUCAGACCUUUACGUGUUUGGUGGGAUACAAAGGCCAUAACUACCCAGUGUGGGACACUCAGUUUUCCCCCUAUGGCUACUACUUUGUCUCUGGGGGACAUGAUCGGGUUGCACGCCUGUGGGCAACUGACCAUUACCAGCCUUUACGGAUGUUCUCCGGUCACCUGGCUGACAUCACCUGUACACGCUUCCACCCCAACUCUAACUAUGUGGCCACUGGCUCAUCUGACCGUACCAUCCGCUUGUGGGAUGUCCUAAAUGGGAAUUGUGUCCGUAUAUUCACCGGUCACAAGGGUCCUAUCCAUGCUCUGGCCUUUUCUCCCAAUGGCAAGUUCCUGGCAUCAGGGGCCACUGAUGGCCGUGUUCUCCUGUGGGACAUUGGUCAUGGUUUGAUGAUUGGCGAGCUGAAAGGCCAUACAGACACCAUAUACUCUCUUAAGUUCAGCAGAGAUGGGGAGAUCCUUGCCUCUGGCUCCAUGGACAAUACUGUUCGUCUGUGGGAUGCGAUGAAAGCUUUUGAUGAUUUGGAGACUGAUGACUUCACAGCCGCAACAGGACACAUCCAUCUACCAGAAAACUCCCAGGAGCUGCUGCUAGGCAGCUACAUGACCAAGUCAUCACCUGUCAUACACCUGCACUUCACUCGAAGGAAUCUACUGCUGGCUGCUGGGGCUUACAAUCCAUGAGGACACUCUCGAUUUCACAGAAUCAUUUACCAAAUCUUGAAAUAUGAACCAGCUUUUUAUUUCUGGAGCUCAACCAGUCCCUCUCAGUGGUUGUGAUGAAGGAAAUUAUCAAGACUGCAUCGUCAUCGACACAGUCUCAUUAAAAAGUGUUGCCACGGAUGACAGGUUAGCAUUUAGCAAGCUAACAUCUGGCUAACUCCUGACAAGUCUCAGGUUUUGCACGAAAGAUACAGCCCUCAAAACAGGAACUAUCUACGACAGAAUCAUGCACCUAAAAAGGUGCCCCUCUGAG